AUGGCAUCUCUCUUCCCCGUGCCUGGAGGCACGCAAGCAGUGCAAGUCCGAAUAAUCGACACGACAGUCCGAAUGUCUAAAAUCCCUAUCAAUUUCAUCAUGGAACCGCCCAUGGAUGGAUUAUCCCACAUGCCUCCAAUGCCGGCAUGGUCAUUCCUGAUUGAGCAUCCAUCGGGUAAAAAACUGCUUUUCGAUCUUGGUGUUCCGAAGAACUGGCGGGCUUUUUCCCCGUUCGUUGUUGGGCGUCUUGAGGUGGCGGGGUGGGAAAUUGAUGUUGAAGAAGAGGUUAUUGAUAUCUUGAAGAAGAAUGGUGUUGCGGCGGGUGAUAUUUCGGGGAUUAUUUGGAGUCACUGGCAUUGGGAUCACCUAGGAGAUCCUUCAGAAUUCCCACCCUCAACCGACAUAAUUGUCGGACCAGGUUUCAAAGAUAAUUUUUUACCAGGAUACCCAGCAAACCCCGAUUCCGCAGUCCGCGAAUCUGGUUUUGCCGGGAGAAACCUAAAAGAAAUCGACUUCACAAACAGCCCCCGAACAGGCCAAUUCCGCGCCUUCGACUUCUUCGGCGACGGCUCAUUCUACCUCCUAGACACACCAGGACACGCCAUCGGCCAUCUAAGCGGGCUAGCACGCACAACGAUAAAUCCAGAUACAUUCAUCUUCAUGGGCGGUGAUCUAUGUCAUCACAGCGGCGAAAUGAGACCAUCUAAACAUCUCCAUCUUCCUUCUGAUAUUCACUCUACGAUUCCCUCUUGUCUACUCCCCUGUCCAGGAGCUGAAUCUUAUCAGCAGUUGUUGACCAGUCGGGGUCUAUCUGUUGACGAACCGUUCUUUAAACCGGCGGCUAUGAUUGGGGUUGAAAUUGGGGAAACUAUUAGGACUAUUGUGAAGGCCCAGGAGGCAGAUGCCGAUUCGAAUGUUUGGUUUGUUUUUGCGCAUGAUCCUAGCUUGAUUGAUAUUGUUGAUUUGUUUCCUCUGAGAGCUGAUGGGUGGAUGGAGAAAGGGUGGAGGGAGAAGACUCUUUGGUCUUUUUUGAAAAGUUUUGAUGAGGCUGUCUAUGUGAAGCAAUAG